CACUGGCUGAAAUCCGUUUGCUUGUUAUCUAAAAAGCGGUGACAGUGAUGAGCAGCUGUCGGGACAAAACGUCUUUGAGUUGUUCGGUAAGCAGAGAAAAUGUCAGCAGUGGUGAAUGGGAAAGGAUGGAUGAUGCGUGCAGCUUUUAUGAACCCACAGGCGAUGAGAUCCACAGCGGGAUGGAUGCUGUGCAGUCGGGCAUUGACGGACAUCUGCCGUUGCCCCGAGGGCAACACGGGCUAUCCCAGGACGGUAUGAUAUUAGGCCUGGUAGAACAGGGUUAUGCUGGCUAUCAUGGCCGUCUCGAGUCAGAUUAUAUCGACAUUCACGGCGACCCGAACUACAGCGAAAGUGAUGGGAACGUUACCACGAAAAAGCGCAAUCGCUCCAACAGCUCCCGACACCGCGGCGAAGUUGUCACGGAACUCGGACCUGAAGAAGUGCGCUGGUUCUUCAAAGAGGACAAAAGGACCUGGAAACCUUUCGUUGGACAUGAUUCUCUGAAAAUCGAGAUGAUUUACCGCAAAUUUUGCGAACUUAAUCCGACUAGGGCCAAUCAGAGGGAUGCUUGUGAAGAGGCAGAGGAUUUAUUUGAAUCAACGUCAGGUUAUGAAGCCCCAGAUGUCAUGAGGCAAACGGCGGCGAUGGCAGCACAGCCGGUACCCGAGAGUUCGGAUGCUGGAUGUAAAACAGACGAGACAGACCUGGAUUCAGAUAGCAUUGUCGAGGCAGUAUGCGUCCGUGGAGGUCUCUACGAGGUGGACAUUAAAGAGAAAGACUGUUACCCUGUAUACUGGAACCAACAAGACCAUAUCCCAGUCAUGAGAGGCCAGUGGUUCACGGAUGGCACCUGGUUGCCUCUGGAGCAGGAGGACAGUGAUCUUAUCGAACUGGAACACCUGGCCCGUUUCCGAGGACAGCGGAUGAAAGACACGUUUGACACAGAAGUGGUAACCACCACGGUGGACAGCAAGGAUGCAAUUCACAGUCUGAAACUGAACCGGAGUCAUGUGGACUGGCACAGUGUGGAUGAAGUUUACCUUUACAGUGAUGCCACAACCUCCAAGAUAGCACGAACAGUCACACAAAAACUGGGAUUCUCCAAAGCCUCCAGCAGUGGAACCCGUCUCCACCGAGGUUAUGUGGAGGAGGCGGCUCCAGAGGACACACCACCUGAAACAACACAUAUAGUCUUUGUGGUGCAUGGGAUUGGCCAAAAGAUGGAUCAGGGGCGCAUCAUUCGAAAUACAAGCAUGAUGCGUGAUGCUGCUCGUAAGAUGGAGGAGAAGCACUUUUCUGACCGAACAAAUGAACAUGUUGAGUUCCUUCCUGUGGAAUGGAGAUCUAAACUGACUCUUGAUGGAGACACUGUGGACUCCAUUACUCCUGAUAAAGUGAGAGGUUUGAGAGACAUGCUAAACAGCAGUGCAAUGGACAUCAUGUACUACACAAGCCCCUUGUACAGGGAUGAGAUAACACGAGGUCUGACCAAAGAAAUGAACCGACUCUACACACUCUUCUGUGAGCGCAACCCAGAAUUUGCAGAGAAAGGAAAAGUGUCCAUCGUUUCUCAUUCACUUGGCUGUGUCAUCACUUUUGAUAUCAUGACAGGGUGGGACCCUGUACGCUUUGUUUCUGAAGUGGUGCCAGAUUUCAUUGAGACCGAUACAAGCAGACAUGGCUAUGAGCGACAGCUGUUGGAAGAACUUCGACUUACACGCUUAAGACUGAGAGAUUUAGAAGAUCAGCUUCAGCAUUUUCAAACAUCAUCCUCAAGAGCCUCUCCAGAACUGAAAUUCAAGGUGGAGAACUUCUUCUGCAUGGGGUCUCCUCUGGCUGUUUUCUUGGCUUUGCGUGGUGUUCGUCCCGGAUCAAAUAGCACACAGGACCACAUAUUACCUAAAUCCAUCUGUCAGCGGCUUUUCAACAUUUUCCAUCCAACUGAUCCUGUAGCAUACAGACUAGAGCCCCUCAUCUUAAAGCAUUACAGUAAUAUAGCGCCUGUCCAGAUCAACUGGUGCAACACAGCCAGCCCCACACCGUAUGAUCAGAUCCGUCCUACUCUACUGAACCCAUUAAAGGAAAGUAGUUCUGUGUCCGAUACUGAGAGUCUCCCAAGCCCUUGCACCUCCCCCCCACAGCCCCGCAGACACUAUGGCGAGUCUAUUACAAACCUGGGCAAGGCCAGCAUCAUGGGAGCAGCAAGUAUCGGUAAAGGCAUUGGUGGUAUCCUCUUCUCUCGAUUUUCCCGCUCCAGUGGACAGGUAGGAGGUGUAGAUGAGGACCCAUCAUUUUCAGAGGGUGGGACAUGUGAGAAAUGUCAUAUGGUGCCAGGAGAAGAAAGCAAGUCUGUGGAACCUGAUGAAAAGCUAGAAGAGAAAGAAGAUGAGAAAUUGGAGGAGAAGCAAGAACAGAAGGCAGGAAACAUCAGCAUAUCACAAUCAGCCUCUGUGAUUAUGGAUUACUCCUCCUUUGAGCUUGAGAAACGUAUCGACUUUGAGUUGAGGGAGGGCCUGGUGGAAAGCCGCUAUUGGUCAGCAGUGACAUCACACACAGCCUAUUGGUGCUCCCAUGAUGUGGCUCUGUUUCUCCUAACUUUUAUGUACAGACCAAAUGAAAUGAAUGAUAGGGCACAGGACAUCCUUGAAUCAUAACACACACACACACACACACACACACACACACACACACAUGCCACCAUUCUAUUUACAAUAGUUGGUAACACUUUAUAUUACAACACGCAAUGUACCGCGUAAUUAACCAAAUUUACAGCGUACCUAUUUGUAACAACAAAGUACCUCUACAGCACGUACUUGUAGGUAUAAGGGAACAAUAUGGUAAGUUUGGGGUAAUAGGGGGGUAAGAAUAUGGAAAAUUAUAAAUUAUUUAUACUCUAAGUAUUUUAUAACUACAGGGUACUUAUUUUAAUAUUACUGGUAUGCAGGCUAUCACUUAGGCAAGUCUAUGGGGUAAUUAUGUAUUGAUUUUUUAAUGACUUUAUUGUGAAUUUUUCAUAUUCGCUAUACCUGAUGAAAUUAUAUUGUAUACAGUCGAUGUCUACGAGCCACAUCGGCAAAUAAAAUAGAACAGCACAUCAGUUUAAAUUUAGUAGCCUAUAUUACUGAUAUGCUUUUAAUAACAAAAGUCCAGCUAAUUUAAUGUGGUUAUCUGUGUUUUAAGGCAGGUACAAUAAAAAUAGCAACUGAUUUCCUAUUUACCAGGUAACUCUAACAUUAAGGAAUACUUGAAGUGGUGCUUUGCAAUCGGAUAUGCUUGACUCUAAAACUCUUGUUAAAAACGUUUUAUUUCAAAUGACACAAUAAUGACCACAAAGCAGCACGGUAUUUGUUAAUUUUUAAUAUGUGUUAUCAUUGUUAGAAUAAACUUUGCAAAUAGAAGCAUUUUAGGCAAAUAUUAUUAAUGCAACAUCAAACCAAAGUGAAACAACAGCAGACGGUUAUCCAGCAAAGUACAACAUGAAGCGAAAUAAGACUAUGGGAGAACUAUAAUCGAAAGUGAUCAUCCCUAUGCCCUUUUCCCUUUGAAGAUCAGAUCUCUUGAUGUAUAAACUCUAGAGAAAGUUGGGGAAUAUUGUUUCAUAGUGUGGCUAAUUAAAAUACACUUGGUGAAUAGAGCCAUAAAAUACAGCGUUUUUUUCUGUUUAUUUGGAUUUACGGUUUAUGCAACAUCCCCUUCGCAAAGUGCCUUUCAAGGGCGCAAAAACGGCAUUUGGAAUUCACCCUACAUGUGUAUGAUGUGUACUGCGCAGGUGUAGGGCACGCGUGAAAUAUCUUUACUGAGGGUUUAAAAACUUUCUACACUGUGGAGUACGGCUGCGAGUGAUGUGAGCAGGAUCCGCACGCUGGAUAAGGUUACUGGUUUUGUUAAUAGAUGACGUGUUUCAAACAAUGUUUUUUCAAGAAAGUUGCCAGCUAACGUUAGCAUCAGGUUAGCUAGCAUAUACGUUAGCCUAAAGUUAACAAUAACUGGCUCAGAAAACUCAGUUUCUGUCAAGGCACAGCGAAGAAACAUUUACUGAAGACUUAGAUUUAUUUUAACAGCAUUUGUGAGACGACAUCAACUCAACAUACGAGGCACUGGUGGAUAAGAAGACCAACAGAGGAAGCCAAGCCAACGAAAAAUUGUCACGACUUUUUAUUUGAAAUAAAUGUUAAUAAAUGUUGACUUAAAUGUAGUGUUGUAAAGAUGUUUAGAAAUAAGUUGUUUUUAAAAUAAAAAUCACAAUAUUGUGUAUGUUUAUGGUAUUUACCCUAUAACUGCAUUUCUAAUAAGAGGUGAACAAAGCACCACUAUAUUUUAAAGCCCUAAAUCUAAUAGUUUCCUCGUAAAUACACAGUUCAAGGGGGUAACAACCGGCACUUUAAUUUACAGCCCGCAAUGGUAAGAGUUACCUGGUAAAUACACAGUACAAGGGGGUAACAAGCCCCACUUUAAUUUACAGCCCGUAAAGGUAAGAGUAACCUGAUAAGUACACAGUACAUGGGGGUAACAAGGGCCCCUUUAAUUUACAGCCCGCAAAGACAAAAGCAGAGGUGGAAAGAGUAAUAAAAUAUUGUACUCAAGUAAAAGUAAAGUUACUUUAAUAAUAUUUUACUUAAGUAAAAGUACAGUUACUGGUCUAAAAAUCUACUCAAGUAAAAGUAAGUCAUUUUAACUUUACUCUGAGUAAAAGUUACUUUUUUUUACAGCGGGGAAAGGUGAAGGAUUCUAGUAUAGUUUAAAAAGGACAAGGGAAUAUAAUUCUUAAACUAGUUGUUUUUAAUUGUAGUAAGAUCUUUACAAUUAAAGUGCAAUAACAAAAAGUGAAUAAAAUAAAAAGCUUUUUUAAACUAAGAAACAUUUAUGGAAUUGUUUAAUGAUUUUUACAUGCGAGUUAUGCACUUUUGAAGCAAAAAUAAUAUGAGGUCAGCAGCUAGUAAAUACAAUCACUAUAGUAAGGUUGUAAUUGAUGUAUGGCUGGUAAAAUACAUUAUUUUAUCAAACUAUAGUUUAAAUGAGCAUAGAAUGAGAUGAGUGCCAUGGCUAUACUUUUAUCCUUUACACAUUUAUUGUCUUCUAGCUUCCCUGGGUACCUGAUGUCUAAGACGUUUAUUCUUCUUUCACUCUCUCUCCCUCUCUCUCUCUCUCUCUCACACACACUCUCUCUCUCUCGCUCUUUCUCUCUCUGCAAUGCCUAAUGACCUGCGCAUUCUCGAGGCAUUCUGAAGUUGUGUUUGACUUGACGCGAAGCUGCUAGACCUCGGAAGAUAUAAAAAAGCGUUGUGCAAAUGAGCGGUAAAAACCCGGUCGGCAAUUCCGUACUCAAGAGCAUUCCUUUCAUAUGAAAGAAACAAUCGGUUCGCGUCAGUGGAAAGUGGUCGCUUAAAUAUGGCCAGGGGUUUCUUUCAUUAGAAUUGAAUUGAGGCGGGUCUGCAUUAGCACGCGCCUGUCUCGUCCUUCUCUAUGGUUCUUUUUGCGCGUUCCCCUGCCCAUCAAUCAAUCAUCCGUGGCGCAUCUUUAUCACCUUGCUUUUUGUACAUUUUUUUUACUCUGUAACGGAUAUGAUUUAAAAUGUAGCGAAGUACAAUACUUUAAACAAAACAUAUUUAAGUAAAAAUAAAAGUACAGAUUUUUAAAUCUACUCAAAAAAGUAAAAGUACACAAAAAACUAAUCAAUUACAGUAACGUGAGUAAAUGUAGUUCGUUACUUUCCACCUCUGGGUAAAAGUUACCUGGUUAAUACACAUAAUAAGGGGUAACAAGCGCCGCUUUAAUUUCCAGCCUGUAAGUAACCUGGUAGCUACUGGUAGACCCAUAAAAAAUAAUAGCAACCUCCUUGAUCUGUAUAUGUAUACAGGUUGCUAUUAUUUUUUAUUGUACUUGCUUUAAAACACAAAUAACCUAAUUCAAGCAGCUGUACUUUUGCUAUAUUAUUAAACAGUAGGGGUGUGAUGAGACACUUAAUCCACGAGACGAGACGAAACACGAGAUUGGGUUCACGAGACGAGACGAUAUUUUUACAGUUUUUAAGAAACCCUCAAUGAUAAAAUAAAUGAAUAAGGAACUGAAAUCACAUUAUUUUUAAAUGUUUAAACUAAUCAAGGACUGGCCCUAACGAUUAUUUUGCUAACUGAUAAUGAAGUAAUUUGUUAUUUUGGGGUAAUAAAAAUAGACCCAAGUGAGCAGUAGCAUUUAAAAUUACAUAAUAACGAAGAUGCAAUAAUAAUUGGUUCAAAUAAAGUAUUAAAACCAAGUUACAUUAAACAACAUUUUGUGGCCUAUAACUAAAAAGCAUUAUGUAUGUAUUAUAACAAAUGCCUGCAGGGGGCGAUAGAGGACUCGUUUCGCAGACGCUGUCUUCACUUUCACUUUCACUUUAGACGGAGAGAAACACUUAUUUUAGUCAAUCAAUGUUUAAAUCCAUAUUAAUAUUUAAUAUAUGUCCAUUUCCUUACACUAGAAAUGAUACAGCCACUGUCAUUUUUUGAGCAAGAACAUGCAGACAUUAAAUCAUGUAACUCUGUGUGAGGGUUUAAUCUGCUGAGACUUCACAUCUGACACUGAUCAACAGACAAACACAACGCGUCUCAGACUUCACCCAAGUUCACAAACGAACAUUAUUGGAAACCUAAACAAAAAAGCAAACGCAGUAAAAGACAAAUAUAAUGCAUGCACUGUAAAAUGAUCUAACAGAAAGCUGCAUCCUCCGGAGGUCGCAUAUGCAGGCUGCAAACGUCAUCGUAUUUCAGAUAAUUAACUGAGCAUUACAUUCGCAAGUCGUGAGCAUAAUUACAACAAGUUGCGAUUAACUAAAUAAUUACUAAACUUUAUAAUUGUUAAUAGUCUCUAAUAAGACAGUAAUGAAGUAAAUGCAGUUUAAAAAUGCGACCUCCGAAGGAUGCAGUCUUUUAUUUGAGAAACGGCCAGCACCUGCACAAGAAAUCUCGCGAGACACAUGUAAUCUCGCGAAACACAUGUAAUCUCGCGAGAUCUCGUCACACCCCUAUUAAACAGUCUGUCCCGAAAUAAAAGUGAUGUGCUGUUAUAUUUUAUUUGCUGACGUGACUUGUAGAUUGUAUCGAUUGUAUACAAUACACUCUCAUCAGGUAAGUAAUAUGAAAAAAUCAAAAUAAAAUUAUAACAAAAAAUCAAUAGACCAUAUUACCCAUAGAAAUGUCAUACAUACCACGUAAUAUUAUAAUAGGUACCCUGUAGUUAUAAAAUACUUAGAGUAUAAAUAAUGUAUAAUUUUACAGAUUUUUACCUCCUUAUUACCCCAAACUCUCCAUAUUGUUUCCUUAUACCUAUCAGUACAUACUAAAGAGAUACUCUGUUGUUACAAAAAGGUACGCUGUAAAUUCGGAAUUACGCGGUACAUUACAGUUCGUAAUAUAAAGUGUUACCAAAUAGUUUGUAAAACAAGUUAGCAGACCUUGUUCACUGUGCAUAGUUUUUUUUAACAUCUUCAUUUAGUAGCACACUAAUGAAAUGGACCCAAACACCUUUAUAUCCUCCUAAAAAUGAAUAAUUUUUCACAUUGAUAAAUAAAACAACCCUAGUUUUUGCAAGUUAGACAUUAUGAACAAUAUUUCAGAUCUCAAUUUUAAAAAUGUGUAGUUCAUUUGAACUCAUAUGUAAGAAAAUAUGGUUGUACAGUGCUGCUGACAAACGUUUGCACAGCGAGAAGGUUGUUUGAGGAAUUCAUCAGAUAUGAAUUGUUUGCCUAUUUUUUAAAGAUUCUAUAAUAAAUUAAGCAACAUUGUAAUAUUGAGUUGAUAGUCAACAGGAGGAUUACACACAGGCCGAUCAUUCAAGAGAUAACUUAAGAAGAAUUACCAUCAAAAAGCUGCAUAAAGACAUAUACAGUCCUGGAACAAGUUCUCAUUUUCUGUUUACACCUUAAAGCAUUAGUCGGUUCUUUAAACUCGCAUGAUAGGCACAGGAAUUUACUGCAUAUUUAAAUGCACUUUUUAUUAUAACCAAAUUAAAGUACAGUUUAUGUUAUGCUUUAACAUGCAUGAAAGAUAAUUCUGGAUGUUUUUUCUAUUGAGGCUGUUAGAAGAGUUACCU